AACAGAAGAUGAAAAUUUGAGGUUAAGUUUUAUUUCUGUUUAUAUUUAGUCUCCAAUUAAUAACUGUAAUAAUGUUUGCUAGGAAUGUUAGCAAAAUUGAAUGGCUAUAUAAAUCACGACCUCAAGUCCUAUUAUCUUCACACAAUAAGUUAUGCUCAUCGGAUGCAACCAAAGAGGACCAUACAAAAAAGUCAGGAUAUGCACAAGCUUUUACAAAAUUUGAGAAUUUAGAAGGUGAUAUAAAAAGCAACACAUCGCAAACUUUUGCAUCAUUACUAAGAAACUCCAGGUUGAUGGACAUGGGAGAUCCAGAGGGAAAAAUGGUUAUUGGAAAAAUAUAUCAUAUAGUGAAUGACGAUCUAUACAUAGACUUUGGAUGGAAAUUUUAUUGCGUAUGUCCUAGACCAAAAAAUAAUGCCAGUAGUUACAUAAGAGGCGCCAAAGUCAGGUUGAUAAUUAAAGAUUUAGAAUUAUCAUCAAAAUUCUUGGGAUUCGAAAAAGAUUUGACUCUGUUAGAAGCUGACUGUCAACUUAUAGGAUUACAACAAGAUAGAGGUUCGAGUGUACAAAAUGUCAAAAAUUAGUGUUUUAAAUUAUAUAUUACGAAUAAUAAUUGUGAAUUAGACACUUUUUUGUUAAUUGGCAAGAAUUUUGUUACAAAUAUCUACAGUAUUUUGUGUUCAUGUUAAUAUAAAUCAAAAGCAAAA